ACUGCCUCGUGGGUAGCAAGUGACAGUUUCCAUCGUGCGUUUCUUUUAUUUUAUAUUUCAAGAUUACAGCGUAUUUUGAUUAGAUUCUUUGGAUUUUUUCAUUAAAAUAUUAUUGCCUGCAUAAUUUGAGCCCAUGAUGAUGGCUUGAGUAUCAGUAUUACAUAUGUCUGUGUACUGCGGAGUGCGGAGCGCGGCAUCAACAUGACAAUGAGCUCUGGCUCGAAAAUUUCCGUCUUCAUUCAUGACCCGACUGGAAAAAAUGCCUCCACUACGCUGAAGUUCUCGGCGGAGAGCACCUGAUCCCACCAGUACUCCAGCUAUGAAGAUUGAGGAGGUCAAAAGCACCACCAAGGCACAGCGUGUCUCCAGUCACAGCCAUGUCAAGGGACUGGGUCUGAAUGAGGCUGGUCAUGCCGUCUCAUGUGCUGCAGGUCUUGUGGGGCAGGAGGAUGCACGGGAGGCCUGUGGUAUUAUUGUGGACCUGAUCAAGUCAAAGCGGAUGGCGGGCCGGGGUAUUCUACUGGUCGGCCCGCCGGGUACCGGUAAAACCGCAGUUGCGCUGGCUGUGUCGCAGGAGCUCGGAUCAAAGGUACCGUUCUGCCCUAUGGUCGGCUCCGAAGUGUUUAGCUCUGAGAUCAAGAAGACUGAGGUGCUGAUGGAAAACUUCCGGCGCGCCAUCGGCCUUCGCAUCAAAGAGAUGAAGGAGGUGUAUGAGGGCGAGGUGACCGAGCUGUCCCCGCAGGAGACCGAGAACCCCAUGGGAGGAUACGGCAAAACAAUCAGCUCUGUGGUGAUCGGAUUGAAGACGGCCAAGGGCACCAAGCAGCUGAAGCUGGACCCCUCCAUCUACGAGUCGCUUCAGAAGGAGAAGGUGGAGGUCGGCGACGUCAUCUACAUCGAGGCCAACAGCGGCUCGGUGAAGCGCCAGGGACGCAGUGACACGUUCGCGUCAGAGUAUGACCUGGAGGCAGAGGAGUACGUACCGCUACCCAAGGGUGACGUGCACAAGAAGAAGGAGGUGAUCCAGGACGUCACUCUGCACGAUCUGGACGUGGCGAACGCCAGGCCCCAGGGCGGCCAGGACAUUCUCUCCAUGAUGGGACAGCUGAUGAAACCCAAGAAGACCGAGAUCACAGACAAGCUCCGACGUGAGAUCAACAAGGUGGUCAACAAGUAUAUCGACGAGGGUAUCGCCGAGCUGGUGCCCGGCGUCCUGUUCGUCGACGAGGUCCACAUGCUGGAUAUCGAGUGUUUCACCUACCUGCACCGGGCGCUGGAGAUGACCAUCGCGCCCAUCGUCAUCUUCGCCACCAACCGAGGCAACUGCGCCGUCAGGGGCUGCGAGGACGUGGUGGCGCCGCACGGGAUCCCGCUGGACCUGCUGGACCGGCUGCUGAUCGUGCGCACGCUGCCCUACUCGCAGGAGGAGAUGGUGAAGAUCAUCCAGAUCCGCGCGCAGGCCGAGGGCCUCACGGUGGAGCCGGCUGCGCUGCAGGCGUUCGGCCAGGUGGGCGCCGACACCACGCUCAGGUACGCCGUCCAGCUGCUCACGCCCGCCAACCUCACCGCCAAGGUGAACGGCAGGUCCACCAUCACGGCUGACGAUCUCAAGGAGGUGUCCGAGCUCUUCCACGACGCCAAGGCGUCGGCCAAGGUGCUGGCGGCCAACAGUGACAAGUUUAUGAAGUGAUUAGGGAGGUAGGACGGGUCAUUCAGGGCCCUCGGGCCACAUUGGUGCAUCUCAAGUCAUCGUUCAAUUAUGCUUGCUUUGUCGCUCAUUCCAUGCUGUUCCAAGACAAUAUAUUGGAAAUUGA